AUGGUAGAAGGCACCAUGGCUGAGAGUGAUAUAACAGCCAUGAAGGAGACACUCCGUGCCCAACAGCAACUUCUGCAGAAGCUGUAUGCAGAGUUGGAUCAGGAAAGAGAAGCCUCUGCAAGCGCAGCCAGUGAAGCAAUGGACAUGAUACUGCGGUUGCAAGGAGAGAAGGCUGCGGUGAAGAUGGAGGCAAGUCACUACAAGAGAAUGGCAGAGGAGAAGAUAGGUCAUGCUGAGGCCACUCUUGAAGUAUUCGAAGAGCUUAUGUAUCAGAAGGAAAUGGAAAUUACAUCUCUUGAGUUUCAGAUUUCGGCUUAUAGAAACAAACUUCUCACCUUGGGGUCUGAUUUCAAUGCUGGUGAUCUUGUUGAAUUCACUGAAGACCUGUUGCUGAGUACAAGUGCAUCGAAUGAUCAAGUAGAAAGUGAUCUAGCUAGUAGUAGCGCGAUAAGAAGGUUAACUUCAUUGCCCCCUUAUCCGGUAAAGAAUAACAUAAGAUCUACUAGGAAAAGAGAAAGAUCACCUAGUCCUGUUCCAGUUCCAGAUAUGUUUCCCAGAAUAGUGGAAAGUGAUGCCCAAGCAGUCACUUCUCCAAGCUUGGAUUUGCCAAGAAAAUCAGAGGACUAUGCAGAGGCAAGUCUUGAUGCAUACUGGAACCAGAUCAAGAGGUUAGAUGAAAAAGUGAAAGAGAUUUCAGAUUGUAAAGAAUCAGGAGGAGAACAAUUACCCACAUUGAGGAGCAGAAGAGGGAGAUCAUGUUCAAUAUUUUCACAAACAAGCCAUAAGUUAACCUUUGACCAAACCGAUAGAGUAGCCCUUACUAGUUGUUCAGAUAAAGAAAAUCAAACACAGGAUAAAGAGGAGGCUGUUGAUAUUCCCUCCUGCUCGGCUAAUGUCCAUGAUGUGUUUGAAGUUCCACAAACACGUGAACAAGGGAACAGAAAACUUGAGAAAUGGAUUUCAGAUGCAGAUGACAGGUUAACAAAACCAGACCUGGUAUCGGAGGAAAUCAUUGAACCGCAUGUUACACAUGAUAUGAACAAGCUAAAGAGCAUGCUUGGUGGAAAUCUUGAUAGCAAAAUAUCCAGUCCAAAAGACAUGAAGACCAUUUUUUGGCAGAGAAAAGAAGGGUUGGAAGAUUGCAAUACUCUAGCUGAGUUUCAGAAGUUGCAUCGGAGAAUUGAUCAGCUUGAGAGGGAGACAAUCAGUGCAAGGAAAGAAAUUAUGAAAGAAAUGAAUGGGGAAGAGCAUUUGAGGUUGUUGAAAGACAUAUAUACUGAACUCAAAUUGAUGCAAUCAGAGAUGAGAAGAGGGAGCACCCCAAAACCCCCACCUAAGAGGGAUACUCAUGUGGAUCCACUUCAAGAGGCAAUGGUGUACUUCUGGCUUUGA